AUGAUCCAGAUUUACACCAGACUGAAGGUGGCAGACAACUCAGGGGCGAAGACCAUUAGCUGCAUCGGCAUUCCAGGAGGCAGCGGCAGGCAGUACGCCCAUGUCGGCGACGUGAUCGUCGCAUCCGUCAAGGAGUCGGCCCCGGCCGCCGCGGUGCGCAAGGGUGAGGUAGUCAGGGCGGUUGUGGUCCGCACCAAGCAUCCCUCCCGGCGCGUGGACGGGUCUCGGAUAAAGUUCGACGACAACGCGGCGGUGAUAAUCAACGACGACCAGAUGCCCCGAGGCACACGUAUCUUCGGCCCGGUCGCCCGUGAGCUAAGAGACAGAAACUUCAUGCGGAUAGUGUCCCUGGCUCCAGAGGUGCUCUAG